UAUCGUUCUUUGACUGGUUAAGAUGUUUUGGUCGUGUGCCUUUUUAUUGAGACGAAGUUUAAAAGACGAUGAAAUUAUCUUCAAAACAAGAUUCGUGAAAUUCAGUAAAAUAGAAAAAUAAAAUUUACAUUACCUAUUAGUAGAUUUUGAAGUGAGAGAUUUAUUAAAAGUAAUUAAAGCUGAAUAUAGUUUGAAAACAGUUGCUGUUUCGAUGUUGAUGGUGUGUGUUACGUUUUGCUAUAUUAUAUGCGGGAGUGUGUCUUAUAUAUAUGUUUAUAUUGUUGUCAUUAAAAAGGGGAGAAAUGCAGUGGAAUGCAAUUUAAGACACAAAAAAGUAACAAGUUCGAUUGUUUUACCGCUGAGGCCGUCCAUUAGCUAAUAUAGUGACGUUUGUGUUCAAUUAAAAUACUAAUUAACCCCAGGCAAUGCAAAAAAUAUAAUUAACGAAAAAUCGUGCGUAAACCAAGAAGUGCAAUUAUUUAAAGUGAAAAAAUGUGUAAUUUGAUUGAAAUUUGAAUAAUUUUAAGUGAAUGUAUGUGUAUUUUGCUUUCAAAUAGGCAUACAGAGAAAAAAUCAUUGGAGUUCAGCUUAAUAAAGUUCACAUACGCGAACAAAGGUAGAAUUAGUGGAGUUCGAACAAUUUCAUUAAUUGCGAACUUUCGAUUUUGCUUGCGUUGACAACACGAAUACCCGAAAGAACAGACGCUUUGUGUGUAAAUUCGUGACUGAAUAAAAGAAAUCCUAACAGAUGGCACUAUCAGUUUACCUAAGUUAUUUAUAACCAUAUUUUUAGUUGUGUUGCUGAUACGAAUAGCUGUUAAUUGUGAAAAGAGUCUUGCACACACACAUGGUGUCUUGCAAAUAUGCCUUCAGCGAAUACCGAAGAGUUGCGGCGAAAGUUUACUGUUGUUCAGCAACAGCGCUCGGCCCCGCCAACGUUGCCGAUGCCAAACUUUGCGUUGACGCCCAGCAGUACUACGGCCUACGAUCCUCUAGAUACAACCAUCACAACAUCGAUGAUGGUUCAUGCGACGCAAACAGUUCCUUUGCAGGAACCCGAACGUAUCUACAUAUUUCCUGGAACACUAAAUAUUGGCGGUAGCCUUGGAGCAAGUGUUAUCGGUAGUAUGGUGUCAGGUAUUCCCGGUGUUGCUGUUGUGUCUGCGCCAUCGCACAGCCUCAGCGUGGGAACGGCUACCCGCGGCCAUAUACGAUCUGUGAGUCAUGGCGGCGGUGCUAUUGUAGGGCCAAGUGGUCGGCCAAUAAAAUCAGCUAUGAAAGGACAUCAGCGUGCUUUCUCACAGGGUCAAAUUACAGAUUCACCAGGUGCACCUGGUGCAUCGCGUGGUCAUAGUCGUGUUGGUUCGAAAACUGAUUUCAUCCUACCACCUGGUCACAAGGAGGAAUCAGAAGCACGCGAAUUCGGGCCAUCUGUUGUAUCGUCAGCGGGUGGACGCGGUCAUUCGCGGCAGGCAUCACGCUCUGAAUCCAUAUACACUCUUCGUCGCUCCGAAACGCCACCUUGGUGGAAGCGUAUAACUGUAUGUCAUUCCGAGAAAUUGGAGGAGCGAAGCUAUCGUAUUGUCGUACCCAACCACACUAUUCCUCCAAAGACUCCGAAACGAGAUCACCCAAAUGGAGAUUUUGUGGGUAAUAAGAUACGUACCACAAAGUAUACGUUGCUCUCGUUUGUGCCUAAAAAUUUACUUGAACAAUUCCAUCGUGUUGCGAAUUUAUACUUUAUUUUUAUUGUAUUGCUGAAUUGGUUUCCGGCGAUAAAUGCGUUUGGUAAGGAGGUUGCUAUGAUUCCGGUUGUCUUCGUGCUCGGCGUGACGGCAGUCAAAGACUUAUUUGAAGAUCGACGACGUCGCUUCUCCGACAAACGAAUCAAUAACACUACAUGUCGAGUGUAUGAUGGUGAAACGGAGCGCUACAAAAAGAUUAAGUGGCAAGAUGUUCAUGUUGGCGACCUAGUACAUUUAUCUAACAAUGAAACCGUACCAGCAGACAUACUGCUUCUACGGACAAGCGACUCACACGGUGCCUGUUAUAUUGACACUUGUGAUUUAGAUGGUGAAACGAAUCUUAAACGAAGAGAAGUUGUUCGUGGUUUUACAGAUAAACAGACAAUAUUCACGCCUAGUAAAUUUGUGAGUCGAGUCGAAGCUGAUGGGCCCACAACAAAACUUUACAGAUUCCAUGGGGCCUUAAUACAUCCAUCUGGAGAGCGUAUACCCAUUGCCACGGAAAAUUUGCUGCUUAGAGAAAGCCGUCUGAAGAAUACUGAUUUCGCUGAAGGCAUAGUGGUAUAUGCGGGCCACGAAACGAAAUCAAUGCUGAACAACAGUGGCCCACGUUACAAGCGCUCUCAAGUCGAACAACAGAUGAAUAUUGAUGUUAUAUGGUGUGUGAUAAUUUUGUUGAUAUUGUGCAUUAUUGGUGCCGUUGGUUGCAAAAUGUGGUUGAGCUCUUUUGAACAUUUCCCUGUACCAUAUCUACCUUUUGACGUUAAUCCUAGCUACGAAGGUCUUUUGACUUUCUGGACGUACAUUAUCAUAUUGCAGGUGAUGAUUCCAUUGUCGUUGUAUGUCACAAUUGAACUAUGCAAAAUCCUUCAAGUCUAUCACAUACACAACAACAUCGAUUUGUAUGAUCAGGAUACAAACAAAAAAACCGAAUGUCGCGCGAUGAAUAUCACAGAAGAAUUGGGACAAGUACAGCAUAUUUUUUCAGAUAAGACAGGAACACUGACUGAAAAUAAGAUGCUGUUUCGACGAUGUGUUGUCAAUGGCAUAGACUAUAAUCAUCCGCCUUCUGAGCUGGAACAAUUACAUUCAAAGCCAGGAUCACCUGCACCACCGCUUAUAACUAAUUCCACAUUAAUUAGUGAUAUGCUAGAAGUAAUAAACUCGGGUCAGUAUUUAUCACCGAAUGCGCAGCGGCUUCAAGAGUUUCUUUUGGUGUUGGCAAUUUGCAAUACGGUGAUUGUAAGUGCUACACCCCAUCAUGAUUUAAUGAAUGCUAGUGGCAUAAUUGAAGUUCAAGAUGCAAGCAAUAGUGAUUCGAAAGGUGGAAAAGACAAUCAUAUUCCCCUCCAAAACAUAACUCAAACAGAUUCAUCUUCAUCCUCGAUAGCGAAUAAUAAUUUAGCACUUGCUGUACCGGCUGAUCGUUACACACGAUUAGCCGAAUCACGUUCCGUAACGCCAUCGCCGCCUCCGAACGUCGGUUAUGUUUUGCCAACACAAAUACAUAUACCAUCUUUGUCACCAAUAAGCAGCUCCGCAGAGACUACGCCUACUUCUGAUUCACCUCCAAUGAAAAUUAAGUCAUUCUCAAAUAGCAUAUCACCAACGGGCCGAGCGAAAGCUGUAAUCAAUUCAAAAAUAACAAGUCUUACCUCUUUUCUAAAUGUAAAAGCACAAGCAAAAAAAUUUUCCAACAAGAUAAAUCAAGCAAAGAGUCGACAAACAUUCAAAACAGCCGAUGGAAGACCAUUGUAUGAAGCCGAAAGUCCAGAUGAGCUUGCGCUGGUGAAUGCUGCUUACAGCUACGACUGUUGCUUGGUCAACCGGAGCCCGAAUCACAUAUUAGUAAGCAUUCCAAACUCAGGUAUGGUGGAGUAUGAGGUACUAAAGAUUUUACCCUUCGAUUCGAGUCGCAAGUGCAUGUCAAUCGUUGUGCGUCGCACUGGAACACAAGAAAUUAUACUUUAUGCAAAGGGCGCCGACAGCUCUAUUAUGCCUGUUUUAGUGCCAUGCCCGCCAAACACUCCGGAAGGUCUAAUGCGAGAAAAGGCGCAACAACAAUUGGAUCGUUACGCGCGAGAAGGCUUGCGCAUAUUGGUGAUGGCAAAGCGUAUACUCAAUCCCUCAGAGUACACCGAAUGGUGGGCACGACAUCAAGAAAUUGAAAUGUCAUUGGAGAAUAGAGAACGACGUAUCCGAGACUCGUUUGCCAAGCUAGAGUCUAAUCUGACCUUGUUAGGUGCUACAGGCAUUGAGGAUCGUUUGCAAGAUGGCGUUCCGGAAACGAUAGCUUCUAUGCUUUCAGCUGGGAUAUCGCUGUGGGUGCUAACUGGUGAUAAGCCGGAAACAGCAAUAAACGUUGCUUAUUCGGCGAAAUUGUUCACGCAACAGAUGGAAUUAAUACGUCUGACGGCCCGUUCUCGUGAUGCUGCCGAAAGUGCAAUUAAUUUCUACUUAGCCGAGCUGGACAACAGCAAGUCAUCGUAUGAUACUCGAUUGAAACCACGAGCUCUGGUUGUUGACGGCAAAACACUUACAUUUAUCCUGGAUUUGCGUUCAAAACUUAUUAGACCCUUCCUGAGACUAGCAAACAGUUGCGCAUCUGUUUUAUGUUGCCGCUCGACGCCUCUACAGAAAGCCUAUCUGGUUAAAGUAGUAAAAGAAGAGUUACGUCUCUGUACUUUAGCAAUCGGUGAUGGCGCAAAUGACGUCUCAAUGAUACAGAUGGCUGAUGUUGGCGUUGGUAUCUCCGGUCAGGAGGGUAUGCAGGCAGUAAUGGCAGCGGAUUUCACAUUGUCGCGCUUUCGUUAUUUGGAGCCCUUAUUGUUAACACACGGUUACUGGUGUUACGAUCGCUUGUCACGCAUGAUUCUUUAUUUCUUUUACAAAAAUGCUGCGUUUGUGUUCUUAAUAUUUUGGUACCAACUGUACUGCGGCUUUUCUGGUUCUGUUAUGAUGGAUCAAAUGUAUUUGAUGUUGUAUAAUUUAAUAUUUACAUCUUUGCCGCCCCUUGCCAUUGGCGUCUAUGACAAACGCGUGCCUGAAGAUUUUCUAUUACGAAAUUGUUAUUUGUACAAACAUAGUCGAUUGGGCCUAGCCUAUAAACCACAUGACUUCUGGAUAGUACUUUUAGACGCAUUAUACCAAAGCUUAGUGAUAUUUUUCAUGGCUUUGUGUGCAUAUGCCGAAUCGGAUAUUGGAAUUUGGGAGUUUGGGGCAACGAUAACGGCUUCCUGUUUAUAUACGAAUUUAGUUCAUGGUGCACUGGAAAUAAGAUCAUGGACCAUAUUACAUGCGCUCUCUAUUAUCAUAAGUCUUGGUUCAUUCUACGCUUUCUCUAUUAUUUACAACUCAACAUGUGUUAACUGCUUUGGAUUACCUUCUACUUAUUGGGUGAUAUUUCGUUGUUUUGGCUCUACGAUACAUUGGCUCGUGAUACUCAUAUCAGCAUUGGUGGCCGUUUUACCGCGGCUACUAUUCAUAACUAUUAAAAAUUCACUGUUUCCUGAUGAUAGUGAAAAAAUUUUGCUGCAAAGGCAAAAAGAUCGCAGUAGAGAAUCGCCGAUUAUGGGUCUAAGAAUCAAAUUAUAACGUCUAUUGCUUGAUUACAGAACUUAUUUAUGACGCGGAUUUAUAUGGACCAAGGACUGUCACCUCAGCAGCAUUCCCUAAAACAUCAUCAUCGUGCUACAGUACAGAGCAGUUUUUGGACAACAAUCAUCGAACGAAUCGACAACAUAUUUUGUAAACACAUAAAAUGGUAUGAUAGUGAAAGAUCAGUUCGGGAGUGUAUGCAUGUGUACGUGUGUCUGACUGAAUUAGUUAAGCAAUAAAUUUAUUAAUAGGUUUUAAGUUCGUUUAAAGCCGUAUUAUGAUAUUAGCCUAAGGCUAGUUUAUUGCUAGUUCGCCUGUAUUUAAAGCACUUAUUUAAGUUUUCGUAGCUACUUUCUAUUAUACUUUCCUAGGAAAAGUUUGUAUUGCAUAAUAUAAAUUCAAUAUUAAAUACAUUGUAUUAAAACUUCAAUUAAUAGUUUGAAAAGUCAACAACAAUUUAUCUAUCUCCUUGAGGUCUAUUCUUAUUCAGCUAUUGUAGCAUUAAAUUAAAUUUGUCUUUUAACUUUGAGAACUUAACUAAAGAAAUAUAUUUCAAAACACUAGAAUUUUCCAACACUGGCCCAAUUUUCGAUGUAUGUAUAGUACAUACAUUAUCCUGCUAAAGGUCGAAGUAUUUAUUUUUUAUUACUUAUUUGUUUAAAUUUAUAAAAAAAAUAGAUAUCAAUUUUUAAUUGUCGUUGCCAUUGACCUUUAAUUGCACGCCAAAACAAAAUAAUCUAAAAUCAAAAAUUAAAUUCCGAAAAGCAGAUUUCGAAUGGGAACUUUUCAAGGCGAAUCUAUUAAAGAUGGUAUUAGUAGACCAGCUGAUUUGUUUUUCUAUUUUUUUUUUUUUUUUUAUUUGACCGUUUACAUGUCGGCAUAAACCGAAAUAACGAAUCGUUGUAUGCUUCAAGCUCCAACAGCAUGUCGGCUAUUCAAGCUUGUUCGUUCUUUUAGUUAUCUUUUCUGAUUUUUUUGUUUGUUUUGUGGGUGCAUUCUAAUGAACAAAACCUUUUCGUUGGUCUAGUGUCACCUUUCGCCUUGGAAUUCAUUCAUUGACAUAGUUAGUAGAGUGCCUACAAUUAAUGAAUGAUAAUUGAUAUUUUUCAAAUGUACGCCGCCCACACGUUUACAGAUGUCGAUUCUAUUUGUAAAAUUUUCGGUGACAUUUAGGUAUAAUUAGGGCCCUACUCGGCAAUUUCGAGCGAAAUAUUUAAUAAAUAUUUAAAUUGUAAUUGGUUUACUCACAUACUUCGUUUGCGCUAAAUUAAUUGUUUCGUUCAUUGUGUGGCACAUCGCACCGUUUUUUUUUUUUUUUGGAACCCCACAUCGGCAGUAUCCAUACCAUUAAUGCUAGCCAAAAAACUAUGUUAGCAUAUUUUAUCUUCUUCAGUUCUUUCCUUGGCAGAAAAGAUAUUUUCAAGUGAACGAACGCGGAAAACGUGUAUAGGUGAUUUUAUUUUUUGUAACGAGCCAUUUGGCUAAAAAUUUUCGAUUAACUGUCUUAUUCCGGGCUUUGUUGGACGUUUAUAAUAACCGAAUGUAUCAUAAAUUUAGCAAA